AUGUCAGUCAUAUUAGCUUCAGCAGGGUAUGAUCAUACCAUACGAUUUUGGGAUGCCUUGACUGGAGUAUGUUCAAGAACUAUUCAACAUCAGGAAUCACAAGUGAAUCGAUUAGAAAUAACAUCCGAUAAACGAUUUUUGGCAGCAGCAGGGAAUCUAUAUGUCAAAUUAUAUGAUAUAAGACAGACAGGGAAUUCUGGAAAUGGAACAAAUGGCACAACAGGUACUUCAACUUCAACGAGUUCAUCAAAUCAAAACAAUUCUAAUAAUAACCCUGUGAUGACGUUUGAAGGACACAAAAAUAAUGUCACUUCAUUACAAUUCCAAGCUGAUAACAAAUGGAUGGUUACUUCACUGGAAGAUGGAACGGUUAAAGUAUGGGAUGUGAGGUCACCAUCAGUGCAAAGAAAUUACAAACAUCAAUGUCCUGUUAAUGAAGUUGUCAUCCAUCCAAAUCAAGGUGAGUUAAUAAGUUGUGACCAAGAUGGUAAUAUUCGAGUGUGGGAUUUAGGAGAAAACCUGUGUACCCAUCAUUUGAUUCCUGAAGACGAUGUGCCCAUCAACUCAUUAUCAGUGGCCAGUGAUGGAUCCAUGUUAGUUGCAGGAAACAAUAAGGGGAAUUGCUAUGUAUGGAAAAUGCAAAACCAAAGAGACGCAACUGUUUUGACUCCAGUAACGAAAUUUAGAUCUCAUCUGAAAUAUAUAACGAGAGUGUUAUUACUGACAGAUAUGAAACAUUUGGCAACUUGUUCUGCUGAUCAUACGGCCAGAAUUUGGUCAACAGAACAAAAUUUCAAUUUGGAAACUACUUUACAAGGACAUCAACGUUGGGUAUGGGAUUGUGCUUUUAGUGCUGAUAGUGCAUAUUUGGUGACAGCGUGCUCUGACCAUUAUGUUAGAUUGUGGGACUUGUCAAAUAGUGAAACCGUGAGACAAUAUAAUGGACAUCAUAAAGGUGCCGUAUGUGUAGCAUUAAAUGAUGUAUAG